CUUUGCUGCAAACAUUUUGGAUCCUCGAUAUAAAGGUAAUUUUUUUUGAUACUUAAACAAAACUCAAUACCUAAAAAAAUUAAUAAACUUAACGUAACUUAACUUUAAUAUGUAGUGUAAGUAUACUUUUAUACUUAUAAUUAAAUUAUAAGUUAAUAAUUUUUUUUUUUGUUUUUUAGGAAAGCAACUAUCGCAAAAGGAAAUUGUAGGUGGUUAACUUACAUCCAUUCUGUUGCCAGUACUUAGAUUAUGUUGAUGAUGGCAAAGUACUUGAAAAUUUAGCCACCUAUAGGAGCAGCGAAGGUUUUUGGGGAUUAAAAUUUGUGCAGGAUUGUGAAAAAAAUUUUAACAUUUUACCUUUGAUAUACUGGAAAGGUAUUUGUACUGAAAUGCCACGUCGACAUGUGGCUGAAGCUGUACUUGGCAUGCCAGCUACUUCAGCAGCUACUGAGAGAACUUUCAGUUCUUAUGGAUUUAUACAUUCUAAAACUAGGAAUCAUCUAACAACAAAAAGAGCUGGUAUGCUAACUUAUAUACAUCACAAUCUAAAACUAUUUUCUCAUAAAAGCGUUAAACCGAGCAAAGAUAUAAGUUUCGGAUUAGGAUUAGUUGACAAGGAGAGACAUGUCAGACAUGUGUAUUCUAGGAUAGAACAAAAUCGUUUAGAAACUAUUCCCGAUGCCGAUGAGGAACCGUCUGGAGCAUCAAAAUCACCAUUACCCUCUACCUCCACCUCUAAAACCUUACUUGAUAACGGAAAUGAACAUGUAAGCUGUACCAGUGACCAAGAAGGUAGUACCACUGACAAAAGCAUUAGUCUUAUUGAAGAGUUGGAAGGUAUACUUUCCAAAUCUUAAAAUGAACUUGAUAUUAGCUUCAGUGAUAUCUAUAAUUAUGAGACUGAAGAAGAAGAAGAAAAUUACGAAUUUUAGUUAAAUCCAGUUUUAUUACUUUUAUUACCUACCUUUA